ACACACACACACACACAUAGAACAUUCACCACCACUGUAUCCUCUCUCCUGCCUCUCCAUCCAGCAAGCGAAGCAUAAUUUUUCAGCUCGCCUUUUCUCCCCUCCCGCAGCGACGCGCCUCCUGACCGGGGAAGGCGCCGGGCCCCUCGAGUUCACAGAGCCCCGUUACUGCGCUCUCAUGCACGAGGACGCCUCCCUGGGGGCCUCGGUGGUCGGUGUGGUCGCUCUGCAUAGCAAAGACGACGAGGUGAGGUACAGCAUCACGGGCGGCAACAGGGACGGCCUCUUCACUAUCGACCAGCACUCCGGCGUCAUCACUCUCGCCGCUGCCCUCGACUAUGAGAUCCACGACCGCCACGAACUUGUGGUGGCGGCGGAGGCGGGCGGCGCUACGGUCCACACCAUCGUGCAGGUCCGGGUGGCCGACGUGAACGACAACGCACCUUACUUCCUGCGUCCAGAGCCGGUCUUCACGGUUAUUGAGGAGGACGACCGCGACUUGCCCUCCCCGGUAACCACGGUGAAGGCAGCGGACAAGGACUGGCAAGACAAGCGUGGCCUCCUGUACACCCUCAGUGGGGACGGCGUGGACGGCUUCGCCCCCGCCGACGCUUACUUCAGCAUCGACGCUCUCACGGGGGAACUCAUCCAGCAGCGGGUGAGUGGUGGCAGUGAUGAUGGUGACGUAAUGUGGAUUUCGCUUUCAGGUUGUAUUAUGUGACCAGUCCACCUUUCCAAAAGCGCCCAUCAUUUCAUAUAGCUCAACUACUCACAUUUAGAAUAAGAAUGUUUAAGUCUUCCUAAAAAUAAUCGAGUGUUCUGCAGUUCAAUCUCGCCUUAGUUUGAUCCAAAGGUAAAAGAGGUGGCGUAGAUUGGUGGGGGCAAGGGUAAAAACUUGGUGGU